ACUCGACAAACACUGCUAAGACACCAUCGCGCGCUGAACGUGUUGUGUGUGUGUUUUUUUUUAAUAAAGAGCGCAUUGUUUUUUGUGAUAAAAAAUGCCAAAAAAGUCAACUAAGAUGCGACGAGGCACUUCUAGAUCCGACGAUAAACAUUAUUUCGUUCACGACGAUCGUGUGCCAAGAAAUACAGACACCGAGAUGAAACAAUUCAGUGGAAGCAGUAGACCCAGGGUAUCAUUUAAGAACCAAUCUCUCUCACGUCAUGAGAAGCGUUUUUUUCCAAAGAACGUGGAGAGAAUUGUAAAGACUAGUCUCGAUGAUGACGUUAUGAUGUCAUCAACAACUAACAGCAACGGACGAACUGGUAUAUUUCGAGAUCGACGAUGUGGUGGUCUCAGAGGACGAAACAGUCCUGUUUCUAGAGGAGCAAGACCUGCUUUUCUCAUGUCUAGAUAUAAACAGGGACCCGUUGGAGACGCUAAUUGGUACAAAAUCAUUAUCCCCUACGGUGCCAAAUACGAUAAGGAGUACCUCAUCAAUACACUCUCGACACACAUGGAAACGACAUUCAUCCCGAUAAUGUACAAAACCUCCGAUAAGGACGUAACAUUCUUCGUUGAUGAACAGAAAAUAGCAAAUAAGCUGCUGCAGUGCGAUCGGAAAAUUACCACUUUCGAUGGAUUCAAAAUAAUCGUAAAGGUUCGACCUGCAUUUCCUCAGAUCGACAUCGAUGACGCACUCAAGCAAAAAAUGAAGAUGGCUAUGGCUAAGAGAUAUGUCCCUGAAACCAAUGCAAUCGAUCUCUCACGUUUUCAUGCUGAUCCCGAUCUCGCUCCUGAUUAUUUCUGUGCCCUCUUCAGACCAAAUACACUCAUGGCUGUGCUGGACAUUGUAGCUGAAAAUCUUCCCAACUUAGUAGCCUUGAAUCUGGACAAUAAUAAGCUCCAUGUCAUCGAGAAACUCAGUGUCCUUACCACCAAAUUCCCAAACUUGAAGAUAUUGUAUAUUGGAGACAAUAAGAUAAGGGAAAUGAAUCAGAUUGAUAGUAUCAAAGACCUGAAACUCGAUGAGCUGAGAUUAGCUGGAAAUCCAUUGUGCAACAAGUAUAGAACGAGACAGGAUAAUUACGUUAGUGACGUGAGGAAGCGGUUCCCAAAACUCCAGCGAUUGGAUGGAACUGAUUUACCACCACCCAUUCUUUUCGAUGUGUCAGAGGAUUCGGUUAAACUACCACCUACUAAGAGGAUCUUUUCUGCUAAUCCCAACGCCCGAGAGAUUGCAAAUCAAUUUUUGCAGCAGUACUUUAUGGUAUUCGACAGUGAAUCACGCCAACCACUGCUCAAUGCUUAUCAUGAGCACGCGUGUUUCAGCUUAUCCAUUACACCUUGUCCAACCAUGAAUAAAUUCAGUGCUUAUACUGCUGACAAUAGGAAUCUUUUUCGUAUGAAUGACGUUUCACGGAGGAGAAAACUGUUGAAACAGGGACGAUUGCCUGUUGUAUCGUAUAUCUCAGAGAUGCCCAAGACUCAACAUUAUUUAAACAGUUUCACAAUGGAUAUUGGACUUGUCACGGAUGCAAUGAUGCUUAUAACCAUUACUGGCUGCUUCAAAGAACCUGACCGAACGGACAACACAAUUCGUUAUUUCCAUCGGACCUUCAUCAUCGUUCCAGAAGGCGCUGGCUACUGCAUACGAAACGAGCAGCUACAUUUGUCUCACCCAACAGCCGCUCAAGAGAAACAACUUCUUAAUGAAGCCCAGAAAUUGCCUACUCCAGCAUCAGAGCCAUCGCCAUCAACUUCAGCAACAGUCGACCCAUCAGAUCAGGUGAAGCAGCAAAUGACAUUGACCUUGAGUCAGCAAACAGAUAUGAACUUGGAGUGGAGUCUCAAGUGCUUGAAAGAAGUGCAAUGGCACUACGAUAACGCGUUAGCAGCAUUUCACGAAUUCUUCAAACGUGGACAAGUUCCUCCGGAGGCAUUUCAAAAGUAGAAUCAUUAUAUUGUCAGUUUUUAACUUUGUAUGCAACGAUUUUUCAUUUUUCUCCAAUGAGGAAAAAACCGUGAUAAAUGGCGAUACGUACGUGGUUGAUGUUCACGCACAUGAAAAGAUUAAUUAUUAGGAGUUACUAAUUUAAUAGCUAUCACAAAUUUAAGUUUUCUCGUUCUGCUUUUGGCUAUCGAUGUUUUAUCCAAAUUUUAACAUCAGAAUUUAGUUUUUUCUUGACUUAAAUUUGUGAUAAAUUCAACCGAGGAAAUUCACUUCACAAUAAUGUUCAAAAUUUUCACUCACGACCAACAGAAAAUUCAGAAAAAAAAAUGUUUAUUACAGAGAAUAUGAUAGAUCACGAAGUUUUGGACUGUUCAUCUAACUCUCCAACACUUCGUACAUGAGUUAAAGAUGAGUAUUCGAUGUUUAUUGAUGGAACGCAAGGAUAUAUUCUCUUUUUAUUUUUUCCAUUUCCAAUUACAUUUUUUUUUUCUUAUCACUUGUCCAAUCGAUUGACUGAUUCUGUCAACAAACAUCGGAUAUAAUGAUAAUAAAAUUUUACAAAAUCUCCCCAAGUGAGUGGAUUUAUUGAUGAUAAAUAUCUAACCCAUGUAAUCGUGCAAAAUACCUAGAAAACUUCGAAGGGAGUUGAUAUAAAUUUUAACGGUCGUUAGAUAUUUAUUGUCAAUCAAUAAGAGAAUUACUUAGUAUCAAUGGAAAAAUUAUUCAUUUUUAAUUAAUAUGUCAUUAAUUUAUCGUAAGAUCCGAGUGGGAUAAAAAGUCCUCUCAAUUCAAUGAUUGACGAUUAGGAGACGCUAUUUCAAUCUAAAUUCGCCAGUGAAUUGUUGAAAAAUAUCUGUUGAAAAAUAGAGUUUAUAAAGUGAAGAAAAAUGCUCAGGGCAAGCAAAUGGCCUUACGAUUGGGAGUGAAGAUGGUUGAAAUGUCUCAAGUCUCUUUUCUCUUCUUAAACCUGCAAACCCAAUAAUCUACAGAUUCUGCAGAGUCUCUGCAUCGAUCUUGUCAGCAAGUUUUCAUCACCCAAUAUCUACGUGUAACUGUCUAUCGAACUUCGGAUCGUUCAAGUGUCUUUGAGCGGUCCUUGAAGAGAAGUUCGUAGCUCUAGUGGUGCAACAUCAUCAGAUUGUCCUCGUAAUUUUACUCUUACGUCCUAGAGCUUGACUUUUGCGCUCAUCACAAGGUGACAUUGAAUGCAGCAACUGAACAGCUAUGAAAGUUGUUAAAUCGCCUGGAAGUGAUAAUACAUGGGACACAGUUGGAAAGAGUCUCUGACAUUGUGAGAGUCUCAAUCAGCAGUCCCCAGGUGAAGAAUGCUCUUCAAGGACAUUUUUUCGUCGGAAGUCUUCCUUCCAACAUGAGAGGCAUGGAGCUGUCCAUCAGUCCUGAACUUAAGAACCAAAAUCGUAUCAUUAAAUUUUGAAAUCAUCAAAAUGUGAUUUACUGAUGUUUUUUUAAAAAAAAAGAAAAUCCAGGAGAAGUAGAAGUCGGUUUGGAAUGACGAAUUUGUUUCUAACAACGUCUCCCUGUCGUCGAAAUGAUCAUUAUUGCUGGACUUUUUAUACUCUUAUAUUCACUUUAUCGUUCUUUUUUCUAAGUUUUUUUUUUAAGUUUAAAAUUAUUGCAAUGUUCAAAAAUGAUUAAGGCAAUGAUGAUAUAACUGCUGCAUUACAUGAGCCAGUCUUCGCGCCAGAAGACACCUUUCUAAGAAGAUAAUGACAAAUAUCUGUAUUUGUUACAUAACAUUACUUAAUUGAUUGAUUCAUUUUGAAUUGGAUUCUCGAAUUUCAGAGUGAAAUAUUAAGUGGUAUUACUCUUUGACUAAUAAGUGCUCAGUUACAAGAGGAAUGCAAAAGUUGUACGAAAUUUUAUUGUGUACGUCCUUGUUUAUAAAAAAAAAUUUCCUUUUUUUCAUCUAAAUGUACAUACAAAUUUUGGGGGUAAAGUAGUGAACACAGAGUGUCUAUUUAAAUACGCAGACCUGUUGAUGACACCCGUUGCUUGCAAAUUGGUGGCACUGUAUGAUACAACAACUAUGAAUAAAAUAGAUAAUAAAAUAAUGAAAUAAAUUAA